AUGGCGCGGCGCGGCCACCUGGUUCCCAGUUCGGUGCCCACUUCGAGCAGCGAUCCAGCGCCGGCCCUCACCCUCCGGAAGGAGGACAAGCUCGCGGGACACAACGGCCGCGUCUUUGACCUGCAAGCCUCGGUCAAAGACCUCUCGUCCUCACAGCCGCUCCGCAUCGCGGCGGUCGGCGAGAAGGGCGGCUCUGUCUGGACCUUCGAUGGCGGCGCGCGCAGGCACGUCCGCCUGCCCGGCACCGAGCUCAUGCGCGUGUGCUGGCACCCCGACGGCGAGCACGUGCUGACCGGCAGCGCGGAGGGCGCGAUCUGCGUGCGCGAUGCCUCGAGCGGCCAGACGAGCGCGACGCUGCAGGCGGCGAGAGAGGACGAGGUGUAUGGGCUGGAGGUGCUCUCGGAGGAGGGACUGCUCGCCGCCGGCGCGGGCGAGACGGUGCAGCUCUGGGACCUCAACCGGGCGACGCGCACCUCCCUCGCCGCCUUCACCGCGACAGAGAGCGGAGUCCACUUUGGCGCGUUUGUCUUUUCGAUCGCUGCGCGCGGCCGCAUCCUCUCCGCCGCUCUGUCGGACGGCUCUCUGCGGCUGCUCGACUCCGAGACGCUGCAGGAGCUCGCCACGCUCUGCGCGCCCGCCCUCGCCACCGCCAUCUCGCCGACCUCCCCGCUGCUCGCCUGCUCCGACCGCGCGGGGGGAGUGCUGCUGUGGGAUCUGAGGCAGCUCGGCCGAGGUGAGCCCAUUCGUUAA